CCACCCUCUCCGACGUCUCUGCCAGCGACCCCUGCUGCGCUCGCGCCAUGAACAACCUACCGCUGGUCGCCCCGGUAUUCCCCGCAGGAAAGGAGCCGCUGCCACCAGGCAUCAGCGAUGAAGACCGGGACAACUACCUGCAGGCGAAGAAGUACCAGGACUACAUGACGGUGGGCAUGGAGUCGUGUGUUGCGAAGACCAUCAUCGCAGGUGGUGGAGGUUUCGUGAUCGGCGCGUUCUUCUCGCUCAUGAGCUCCUCGUUCGCGUAUGAGGAUCCGCUACUACGGCAGAACCUCAGCACGCAGCAGAAGGCACGCGAGAUCUUCAAGGAGAUGGGCCGGGGAAUGUACAAGAGCGGAAAGGGUUUUGGUAAGGUCGGCGCGCUCUUCGCAGGCAUCGAGUGUGUGAUCGAGUCGUAUCGAGCGCGAAACGACAUGGUGAACCCCGUUGCCGCGGGCUUUGUUGCUGGUGGCAUCCUCGCACGGAAUUCGGGGCCAAAAGCGGUCGUCGGUGGUGGUCUGGCGUUUGCUGCCUUCUCCGCUGCUAUUGACCUGUUUCUUAGACGAGAGACCGCUGAUGAUGAUUGAUUUAGACACGGGACGCAUAACUUAUUCUUGUAUAAUACCGACACCUAAUCCACCUGGCACUCCUCCGC